CGGUAACGGCCAGAAUAGCCGGGGGGAAAAGCUCGUAGAGGCGGAGGGAGGGAGCGGAGGAGUCGGGGGUGUUAUACUGCUAACAGGCUAGCUACAUAAACAAACACCGAGUCAGCUUGCUCGGUCGGUUUUACUGUCAAACCACUCACUGAACAACGGGGGCAGUUUUCUAUAGCGAGUAAAGCUAAAAUUUAACCAUCUGAAGCGCUGUCAUGAAAUAUGUGUGUGGCAGUCACGUCCUGAAAUCUGUUUUGGUCCUGUCCUGUCAAACAUGCUAGGCUAACCAGCUAGCAGUCUGAGUGAUAGUCGGUGGCAGGCCCGGCGUCAGUCUGAACAUUUCAUGUAGUUUCCAGUCUGUUUGUGAUAUAUUACGCCAGUGCCAUGUAUCCCCAGAGUAUCAGUGAUUCAUCGCAGCUACCAGACAGAGUGUGUGGCUGUGAUUCUUGCGGAAAAGUCAGUUUUCACUGCCAAUUUUGACCCUUUUUGACGAGACUGACGCUAAUUUGUGCGAAGCUAGCAGACCGAGCUAACGUCUUACAUACGCGAAGUAAGGUCUGCUCAAAUGUUGACAUGUAAAACCAACCAAGAAUUAACCCCCUAAAUGUUAGUUUGAUACAGACACAUUGAGGUGAAGUCAUUCACAAUUUUUAGGGAAUAUGAAGUCUGUGUUAUAGGAGGUGGUGAAGCAGUAAUGUUCGGCCCAAGUCUUCAACAUGCUGACUGACAUGCAGGACUGAGACAAGAAGAAAGCUCUUAUAAGAAGGGUUAUUCAUUCUGUCCGUUUUAAAGCAAUAGACAGAUGCCCUAAUGAGCAUUGAAACUCUGUCUCUUGUCAUAAUCUUUCCUCCUGUUCAUACUGACCAUUAGAAGAUCCCUUCAUAAUGCACUUACAAUGGAAGUGAUGGAGGACAAAAUCCACAGUCCUGCUUCUGUGCAAAAAUGUAUUUAAAAGUUCAUCUGAAGUUAAUAUGAGUCAAAUCAAGUACAUAUAUUUCAUCAUUACAGUGCCAAAGUCCCUCUUUUUGUUACUAUACUCCCACCACAGCUCAACAGGGAAACACUGUCAGAGGAAACACAAAGAGGGAAUUUGAUGUAAAAUGUGGCAGAUAUCCGCUUCAUAUGACUAAGGCAGACUGCUGACCCUUUACAUAAGCUUCAAAUCAACUUUUAAAUGCAAUUUUGCACUAAAUGACUGUGUGGACACACUGUGGAUUUUGUCCCCCAUCACUUACGUUUAAAACACAUUUGAAGGGGAUAUUUUAUAAGCCAGUAUGAACAGGAAGAAUGAUCACAUUGAGGAAAACCUUCUUCAUUUGUGUGAUGUGUUCAUUUGGGUACAUGACUAUUGUUUAAGACAGACUUGACAAAAUUGUUAAUCUAUCCUUUAACUGUGUAAGUGGAUUUUAUCAAGUGCUUGCCAAUAUUAUAUGAAAUCCGUCAAUAAAGUCCAUUCUUCCUUGCAGAUCACACCAGCAUUCAUGUAAAAUUUUACUACAAACCUGUUUAUUCUUUUUCUUUGUUCGUCUUUGAAAAUAAGUUUGAUUCCUGAAGUCUUAUUUGCUGUCUGAGUCUGAAUGAGAGUGUAAAGUAAUGAGUGAGUGAGUUAGUUAAAGGACACAGUUGGUGAUAUUCUAUAUUUUUCUUAAGGUCAACAAAUCUCACGAAAAGACCGUAACCUUAAAAUAAGUCCAUGACUAGAUCUUUGUGCCAUCUUGUACCAUAACAUUUACAGAAAGUUAUGUGCCUUUAGUUAGUAUUCUAUAUGUUAACCAUUCUUGAUUGGCAGCUUUGUUACUUUAACCAGUUAACCUCCCAUCGCAAUAAUUGUGACAUUAAAAAAUGUAUCUUCAUUUAGGUUCAUUUUAAGGAAACAUAUACAUGUUACUAUAAUAUGUGUGGUGUCAUUUUAAAGGGAACAUUUUUGACUUACAUUCAAGUCCAGUUAUAUUUUCUGUGCAAUCAAAACCUGAUACAUUAUUCCUCUGUGCAAUAGAUGUCCAUAGUUGUCCAAAACCUUUUAAAAAUACAAACAUAAGAGUUUGUAUUUUAAGUGAUGAGUAUGAUCAUCACUUUCACUAUGAUGAUCAUACUCAUUGUAGUUUACUUAAAGUUGAUCCAACAUCAACAUCACACUGCUGUAAAUACUCACUAAAGCACCAAAUCUGAUUUAAUCUGCAACUGAAAUAGUUCCUAAUAAUCACACUAUAAACAACAGUGCUCACCUGUUUUAGCCUUUAUUCAAAUGAAACUAUAUUAUGAGCCAUUUUCAAAGUUCAUUUGUUCAUUAGGAAUGAAUGGGCUUGAGGCAGACAGGGUAGGGAAGCUGGAAAGUAUGAAAAGAUGGACUAAAAUAUUGUUGAUUUUGCUCUUUUUACUAUUAGACAGUAAGACAAAUAUAAAAUAACCCCAGUGUUCCCCUUUAAAUCACCCUGCUCACAUUUCUGUGUUAAUGUACGAAUGGAUGGUAGGUGUGUGUCAGGGAGGUCAGUGAUGCAAGUCAGAAGGUCUUUGUUUUUUUGCCAUUUUGUGUGUGUGUGUGUGUGUGUGUGUGUGUGUGUGUGUGUGUGUGUGUGUGUGUGUGUGUGUGUGUGUGUGUGUGUGUGUGUGUGUGUGUGUGUGUGUGUGUGUGUGUGUGUGUGUGUGUGUGUGUGUGUGUGUGUGACACGUACAUGUGCGAUCGUCUCAGUAGUACAGUGCAGUAAUGUGCGUGUGUGUAUAUUUUCUUUCCUCUGUCUAGUCAUCGUGAUCCAGCUCAGUCCUGCUCCAGCCCCUUCCCAGCGUGCAGCGCUUCAGCUGCCCCUGGCCAACGAUGGAGGCAGCCGGUCAUCGUCUUCAGAGAGCUCGCCUCAGCACCACCCCUACCCCAGCCGCCCGAGACACAUGCUCACCCUGCCCACACCUCCAUAUGGCCUACAGAAGAGCCUAGAGAAUGCAGAGAUCGACCAAAAGCUGCAGGAGAUCAUGAAACAGACGGGUUAUCUGAAGAUCGACGGUCAGAGGUAUCCAGCAGAGGUAACAGACCUGAUCAGUGAAGGGGAGAUUGGCAGCGGCACCUGUGGACAGGUCUUCAAAGUGCGAUUCAAGAAAACAGGCCACGUCAUCGCUGUCAAACAAAUGCGUCGUACAGGAAACAAAGAUGAGAACAAGAGGAUUCUGAUGGACCUGGAUGUGGUGCUGAAGAGUCAUGACUGCCCUUACAUCAUCCAGUGCUACGGCGCCAUAGUUACCAACACGGAUGUAUUCAUUGCCAUGGAGCUGAUGGGAACGUGUGCAGAGAAGCUGAAGAAGAGAAUCCAAGGCCCCAUCCCAGAGCGAAUCCUAGGAAAGAUGACAGUGGCAAUAGUGAAAGCAUUGCUUUACCUGAAAGAGAAACACGGUGUCAUCCACCGGGACGUCAAACCCUCCAACAUCCUCCUGGACGCUAAAGGUCAGAUCAAACUGUGCGACUUUGGCAUCAGCGGACGCCUCGUUGACUCUAAGGCUAAGACCCGCAGCGCUGGCUGUGCAGCUUACAUGGCGCCUGAGAGAAUAGACCCUCCAGAUCCCACCAAACCUGACUAUGACAUCCGAGCAGACGUGUGGAGCCUUGGCAUCUCUCUGGUGGAGCUGGCCACUGGACAGUUUCCCUACAAGAACUGCAAGACAGACUUUGAGGUUCUGACCAAAGUGCUGCAGGAAGAUCCUCCUCUGCUGCCUCUCAGCAUGGGCUUCUCCCUCGACUUCCAGUCCUUUGUUAAAGACUGCCUCACAAAGGAUCACAGAAAAAGGCCAAAAUACCACCAGCUGCUGGAGCAUAGUUUCAUCCGGCGUUACGAGGUGCUGGAGGUGGAUGUGGCCGGUUGGUUCCAGACAGUGAUGGAUCGCACCGAGUCGCCUCGCAGCAGCCAGUGUUACAGCCAUCAGCACCAGCUCCACUCGCUCUUCAGUAGGUAGCCUAGCCUAGCCCAGCCCAGCCCGGUGUUAGCUUAGCCCUACGCUAGUCUAGCCUAGCUUUAGCUUCGCCAAGCCCAGACUUAGUCUGCCCUAGUCUAGUCCAGCGUUAGCAGCUAAGCCUAGCCUUAGACCCAGCCCGCCUGGUCAUCUGUCAACCAGAGAACCUGAAUAGCCCUCAGAAGAGGGCAAGACGGAGACUCGAUGGAUGGACAGAUGGAUGAUUGUCAGAGAGAUGGACUGAUGGAUGGAUGGAUGAUACAGGUGGUUCUGUUUAUCAGUGAAUUGAAUCUGGACAGGCAGACAUGAGACGGAUGGAAAAGAGAGAAAAGUGUACACUGUAGUUAGCUUCAUUAUGUCUCGUCUAUUACAUCAUGUCACAUCACAAUGUGUGUAACUGCCACACACACACCUACAUACAAACUGUGUGUGUGUGUGUGUGUGUGUGUGUGUGUGUGUGUGUGUGUGUGUGUGUGUGUGUGUGUGUGUGUGUGUGUGUGUGUGUGUGUGUGUGUGUGUGUGUGUGUGUGUCUUGAAUGUGUGUCUACAUUUCCUCCAAUUUUAAAUAGUCAUUUACGUACAUGUCUGUCUCCAGCAUUGAUCCAAGCCGUUGGAUUAGUCAACAGAGUAGUCACUACACACUGGAACAAAGCAUCUGCUACAUUAGCAAACAUGAAUCUCUUUUGUACAUAAACAUUACUGAGGACGCAACAAUUUCCGGUGCAAUUAUGAUUCUUCAGGUGUUUCUACUAUCACACAUUCUCAGGCUGUGUGCGUGUGCGUGUGUGUGUGUGUGUGUGUGUGUGCGUGUGUGCAUCAGAGAGAGAGAGAAUAUCUGUGUGUAUGGAUAGAUAUCAAGACACAGUCACUGGUUGUUGUUUUGUUUUUUAAGUGAAAUUAUAUUUCCUCGUCAUGUAUUCACCUUCACACUACAGCUCUAAUACACAAACUAUAUACAUUUAUCUGUUGGCCUGUGCUUAAUUUUUAACAUGUAAUGAUAGUAACUGUCAUUAACAUUUAAUAGAAAUAUGUUUUGAACACCCAUUGUUUUAUUUAGCAGCUGCAUAAUUGGAAAAACACAAUGAAAAAGAACUACAAAAAAAAUUUGUGUUGCUUUCUAGCUUUGUAGAAAAGUGGUCAUUUGUGGAUUUGUUUUUUUAUUCAGAAAGAAUUUGCUGAACUGGAAGAUCAUUAUAAGAGAUGGAAAUAUACUAAGAAGAGAAAAGAUGAAUGAGAAAGUAGAAGAAGAGGGUUUGUACGUCUGUAUGACCACGUGGAAGACUGAAUAACUGUUACUAGUGUGAGAAACGAGAGAAUUGCUGGAGGAGAAAAUGGGGGCAGAGUGUUUUUUCAUUCAGAAGGCCAAGAACAGGAGCUUAUCUUGUACAAAGAAUAUAAAUGGGGUAGAUCUUAUUACUUGUGGAGCAUUUCUUUACUUCACUCUGUUUGUCUACCUCUCCCUCUUUGUCCACCUCUCUGUCUGCCUCUGCUGUUUAGUGUGACGUAAAGCUCCACAGUGUUACCAUACCAAAGGCUGCCUGUAGGUUGUUGUUUGUUGGUGGUGGUGUUGGUGGAGGCCAAGACUCAGACCUGCUCCUGGAAUGUGUUGGACAUUUAGAGAACACACAGUCUUGGUAAAGCAGCCUGUGAAGUUUUUAGAUCUUAGAGCAGGGGUCUCAAACCACCAGCCUGCGGGCCACCAGAUCUCAAAGCUGACCACAUGUUUAGAAUUGAUUGUGUAACGGGGCCCACAACCGUCUUUUUCUUUUAUUCUAUCCAUACAUUUUUCACUCUGUUAGAUCAUUAUUAUUAUUUGAAAAUGAUCAUGUAGCUUUUCCAGUGGUGCAACUAACAAUUUUAAUGUUUUCAUUAUUGAUGAAUCUAUAUAAUCAAUUCAUCAUUCAUUCUAUUACAUUUCAAACAAUAGUUAACAAUGAAAAGUUUCACAAGUCCACAGAUGAGGGUCAUAAUUUCUACUAACUUUUAUGACAAAGUGUAACUAUAUUAUUGGUUUUUUUUAAAAGCAGCAAAUCUUCACAUUUGAAAUACUGAAACUGGUGAUUUUUUGCUACAAAAAUUAUUAACAAAGAUUAAUUGAUCAUUAAAAAUUGUUGCAGAUUAAAUUUCUGUGGACUAACUAAUGGAUUCAUCAUGUAAUCGUACCUUCCAUCAGUGUGCAGAUGUAGAGUAGCCUACCUGGCACCCAACUGAGUUUAAUGUGACUGUGAGGCUCAUCUGUGAGAUAAGAAACUGCUGUUCUCCAGCAAAACAAUCUCAAGCAACAUUACUAUACUAAACAUGUUAAACCUGUUUUAAAAAGGUAUUAUUAUAGUAUUUAUACAGUCCCAUUAGGAGAAAACAUUGUGGCCCCCAGGUAGCUAGACUUUGAGACCUCUGACCCAGAGGAUUGCUAAAAUGAAAUUGAGUGUGUCAGGCUCGAUUGAACCAAGCACACCUGAACUGGUCAGAGUGUUUGAAACUGUUGUGUGUAGAUGUACUCUAAUGAGCGCAGGGCAGUCACAGCCAAAGCCUCCUAGAUGUGCAGACUCAAACCUCCCCUCUCCCCCGUCACGCACCGAACCAAAUCACUGCUAGACACAGAGAACUGAGGAGUGGCAGCGAUAGAGAGAGGAAACCGUUAAGUGUCUGAGAGAGAGAGAGAUCGAGGAAUGUUGUCAAGAUGGCAGAAAAGAUUAGUGGAAAUGAAACAACUGGAAAAAGAAAGGAUAGGACAGCGUGAGGCAAGAAGGAAGACAGUGAGUGUUAAGAAAGUGUGAUGGGAAGUUAAAAGAAAAGUCAGAUUGUUGGUACAGAUGACAGGAAGUAAGUUUGUGAGAGAGAAGAGCAGAAAACAUCAGCUCUGAGGCUAGCUAGUUAUUGUAAAAAGCUUUCAUGGUGUUACACCAACCUACCAAUUAUGAUUUUAGCGAGUGAGUUAGCGUGUCGUGUUUAUGAUGUUUACUGUUCUGUUCAAACUUUGUUAUUUAUUUACAUUGCUACUGCUGCUACUAUUUUAUUGCUUUAGACGCUGCUGUCACUUCUUUUCCCCAAAGGACAAAUACUUUAUUCUUUUUUUUUUUUCUUUUAAGCCAAAUAAGUGAAAUAAUGCAAUGUCUACACGUGUUACCAAAUACAGAAGAGCAAGUCAGAAGAAGGUGAAAGCAAGUGGGCAAUGACAGGAUGGAUAGAAAGUGCAGGGAGGUCAGUUUCACAGAAAGUACUAACUUACACACAGAAUAUAAACACACAGCUCACCUCAAAUGUAGCUCUAUGUGUAAAGGAAGUAGUUAAUCAUUUAUAUCCCUUCGUCACACUACAAAUGUACAGUGUAGAUAUGAUUCUGGGGGAUGUCUGUCUGUCCAGAUGCUUUUUGUUACUUCCAUCCUUCCCUCUGUCCAUCCAUCCCUCCAUCUGUCCACAGGUCACCUGCAAGCUUGACAACCUUGACAGUUCACACCAAAGGUGUCCACAACUCAACAAAAUACGAAAGAGCAUUGUUGUUAUUGUUAUGACUAUUGUUAUUGACAUUAUAAUUGAUUACUCUCAGCUAUGACACGUAUGAAAUCUCUUUUAUAGCUAGUGGGAGAAGGUGUAGGGGCGGCGCUGUAGUGCAGCAGUGCCUGUGUAUGUGUAUGUGUGUGUGUCUGUGUCUCAUAUACUGUACAGGGGGAGACUGGCACACUAACGCAUGACAACGGCCGAGCAAUCAAACCAGCUGGCUCGUCCUUUUACUCAGUGAAUCAAAUUUAACGUAGCAGCCUGUAUCUGGAAGCAAGUUCAACUUAGUCUGGCUCUCUUCGGGCUUUACUGAGCCACUGAACCAAUCACAAAGCUGAUUAUAAACUAGCUCAGCUGCAGAUGAGUGACAAAAGGAAAAAACAACAUAAAGUGUGUUAGUAAGUUGUUCGGCCACCAUAUACCACCAGAACAGCUUCAGUGCACGUUGGCAUUGAUUGUACAGUCUCUGAACUCUACUGAAGGAAUGAACAUUAUUCUUCCAAAAGAUAUUCCCUCAAUUGGUCUUUCCAUGAUGGUGGUGGAGAGCACUGUCUAAUACGUCUGUCCAAAUUCUCCCAUAGGUGUUCAACUGGCCAAAACUGGGCCCGCUCAGUUAGGGCUGGGCGAUUAUGGCAAAAAUCAAAAUCAUGAUUAAUUGAACUUUUAACCUCGAUUACGAUUAAUGAACGAUUAUCUCCACCCUUGAUGAACAAUUAUGUAUUUUCACAGUUUCUUUUGUUUUGUAUUUUACACUGCUGCCCUCACACCAUAUUUUGUGAUAUUUUCACACAUGAGUAUCUUUAAGGAGUGGAAAUAAUGAUGUUUUAAGGUGUGAUGCUGUGGUUAAUGUCUAGUUUACUUGAUUAUAACUAUGAAAAGAUCAAUAAAUAAUCACUGGAGAUAAUUUUUCAAAUUCCUUAAAGAUAUGCAACCUUUACUGUCAUGGCAACAGUUAACACCACGAUUAAUUGACAUGAGCAAGAUUAAGUCGAUUAGAGUUUCUAAAUGUCAGUUUCGAAUAGUUUUCGAUUAAUUGCCCAGCCCUACGCUCAGUGUUUUUAUACAUGCCAGCGAAUAUGAUUGGAUUUCUUAAUUGUAUCAUGCAGUGCAGCUGUGUGGAAGCAUCUGCAUUCAUUGUGUUUAUCUACUCAUUAAUUCAGGUUUUCCUCUAAUUUGUCACCCAUCUGUAUGAGUGUGUUAAAUCAUCAGAUCUUUGAAUUUAAUCCUUAAUAUGACAUGAGUUGUAAUGGUGACAUCUACAGGCUAUUUAGGGGAUUGCAGCAGCAAAAAAUAACACUUAGCGAUCUGAAAUACAAUAUCAUCAUCGUAAUAGAAUAAAAUAAGAAAGACUAACGUUAAAAAUAAAUGUGUACUCUCGAGAGUGCAGCACAGGUUACCAUGGUGAUGCACCACACUAAAAAUGAGACAUCUUCGUGAUGCUAGAAAACCUGAGUGAAGCCAAAAGGAGAGCCGGAUAAUCCACUAAUGUCUCUUGGUGAUACAGGCCCGUGAGCAUAUGUGAGCCAUUAGCUUGGCCUUUGUCUGGUUUUAGUUUGGAGUCCAGAAUCUGACCUGGAAACGGUCUACCUUCAAACAGUGAACGGUUGACCUCCUUAUGUUAACUCUCCAAAUAACAGGUUUCAGGGCCGACGCAGAUGUAUAGACACCUGAAUCUGGUGCUUUGUAACCAUUAGCUGUACUGAACCUGCAGCACAGCAUACUUGUUUUGUUUUUUUUAAACGUGACUCGGAGACGGUGCAACCCCCUUUUCAAUGUUAACUUUUUGCAUCUCCAAACACAAAGAUAGACCCAGUCUCCUGCUGCCAAGGUUUCCUUUGUUAAACUGUAUUUUACAAACACACGCACGCACACACAUGCUCAACCGUGCCGUCUGUGUGCAUUUCCAUCCAAACAUCUGAUUGGCUGACGGUGCCACGCUGCACCUCUGUGAAACCAGGUCAGGCCAGGUGUGCAUCUGCUCAUAACUAAGGAAGCAAAACAUCACUCAUGUACACACACACAUCCACACCAAAUGUAUAAAGUUAACCCAUCCUACACAGCGAUGCUGGCUACUGCCAACCGUGGCUUUAUGUGUAUAUUAGCUUGCCAGGUGUGAGGCCAGCGCUGUAUUAAAAACAGUAAAGCUGCGCUGUGCCUUGGUACCGGGGAAGGGGGGCGAGUGUGCGUGUGCGUGUGUCGUAACCCCAUCUGUAAGUAAACCAAAUAUCAUUUUCACUAUGCAGUCAUUCAAACCAUGUCGGCUUGCUUCAAUGAGGGGAAAAAAGCCUCCUGUACAUACACAGAUUUACGGAUAAACUGGAGUUAGCGACAGUGUGCGAUGUUUUUCUUUUCGAGUCCCCCUCCCCAGUGUGAUUAACAUCACCGCCUUCAGCUAGUUCACAGAGAAACCAGAGAGCAAGAGAUAUGUUUUGAAUGAGCUGACAAAUAUUUAAGGAUUGUAUUUUGGGUAGGGGAGGGACGGGGUUAGACUGGGGUUUGUAGUUUUGGGGGGAGGUACAGAUCAAUGCUGUAAAUUAUAUCAAUUGCAUGUUAUUGUCACCGCUGUAACUGCCAUUGUUUUUUUUGUUUUGGGGUUUGUUUUGUUUUGUUUUUUUCUUUCAAUACAACAGUUGUUUGGGUCGGGGAUGCACAACACUUUAUCCUUAUUUAUGAUUUUUACACAUAUAGUCUGUAUUUUUGUUUUUGAGAAAAUGUUGAAUUGUUGUGUACGUAGGAAAAGACACACUUUUGUUUGUUUGUUUGUUUUAUUUGUUUUAUAAUGUAUGUUCACCGUCAACUUUGCAAUAUACCUUUUUCACUUCGGACUCGUCACUAGUCGUCAAAGAGGAGGAGGAGGAGCUGUAUCUUUAUUAGUAGACAGUGUUUGUUAGAAAAAUGUCCCGUUUCCCCUCAUGUGCCGUGUGUCUUUCUUUUCAGUUAGGUGUGUGUGUGUAUGAGAUGUUUAUUCGUGUACCAAAAGUCUUUAUUGAUGGUGAUUAUUAUUAUUAUUAUUAUUUUUAGCUUUUAUUUUUGUCCGUUGUUUUGUUUUUUAUUAUUAUGCUUACUAUGAUUACUGUUUUUGUUAUUAUUAUUAUUUUUGUUGUUGUUAUUAUUAUUAUUCAGGGCAAAGUUGACACCAAAUUGAACAAAUAAAUAAGAAGACAGUGCUGAGAGCUGGACAGUGUUGUCCGUCUCUCAAAAGGUUGCUUUUACUGGCGAGGUGGAGCGGUUGUUUUUCUCACGAUGUAGUGUCUGUCCACCUUAUUUAAACCGCCACAUAAAGUUAACCUCUUAGCUGAAAGUCUAAUAGUAUUUUUAUUAUUAUUAUUAUUAUUAUUACAUAUUGUUUUUCCUUUGAUCAGAUAUCAUGAUCGAUUAAUUACUUGUUACCCCAGUUUGGGACAUAAAAUGUGUGCUGUUAUUUUAUUAUUUUUCCCCCCUCUCAUCCCUGCCCACUGCUUUUGGAUUUUAUUUUUUAUUCUAUUUUAUUUUAUGAUGAUUAUUUUUAUUUGUAUUAUUUGUAUUAUUCUUUCUGGUGUGUUUGAUGCUGUAGUAGCGAGCUGAUUGGUCAAAUACCAGAGCUUUUUUUUUUUUCUAAUGCUGAGACUGUCAUGACUGAUGUUGCACUUGUGAUGGGUUUUAUUUAGUUUUUUGUUUUGUGUUGCAGACUGGGAUUGUUGUGCAGAGAGGAGAAUACUGGUUGUGAAAAUGUGCAAACAUUUUAAAAUUUGUUUUCCUUAUUUUCUUAAAGUCACAGCAGUUAUUUUAUCAAUCAUAGAUCUGUGACACAGAGCAAGAAAGUGAUUCAACAGUGUAUUUUUUUCACUGAUAUUUAUUUAUUGGAUAUGUUUGUGGUUUUUUUUUUUAAUGUUUAUUGCUUUUUUGUGGAGGGCAAACAGGGCUCAAGGUAGAGGAGUAGUCAAAAAAUUGGCAUUUAAACAUUUAAAUAUUGUACUCAGCCAUCACACUAACAUAUACUGUCUGUUAAGUGACAGAUUGAAAGGUUAAAUCAGAAACCUGCAGCACAGUAAAGUGCAGUCUGACAUCCACUAUUGUGUUCACUGUUUACCCUCUCAGAAGGCCCCAACAAACAAACUGCUCAUGGUUUCAAGCCGAGUAUCCACAGCAUGGUGUAUUUGAACUCUAGUGCUUUGCGAAGAAUCACAGUUAAAGCUUGUAUUGUUUGAAACAUGGAUGGUUUUUAAAUUAGUAAAUACUGAAUGCCAGCUACAAAGCAGACUACAUUUAUUUUUUUGUUUGUGUGGGUUUUUUUUUUUUAGUUUUAGGUAUUUUUUCUGAUGAUAACUACUACGUAGGCGUGUCCCUGUUAGCGAGGUGGGACACACCUGCUUUGGAAAUAUCAUCAAGGUUUGUUCUCAGUGUAGAUCGCAUGACUUUGCUAGUUUGCAGGGUGGGGGGAGGGUUGACUUCAGCUGCAGUUCAAAGUCUUGUAUGUACGUCACAAUGGAUAUAUUGUCUUGACAGUUGUAUCAAUUGACACAGCUUUACUGCCUGGUCCUUUUUAUUUUUGUUGUUUUUGUUUUGUUUUUGGCUGUAUUUUAUUUCUCCCCCCCGCCCCCCAACCCCACCCCGAGUCUCAUUUCAAACAGAAUAAAUGCCAUUAUAUUGUGAAUACCUCAGGAUUUUUUUGGAGAGAAAAAAUAAUAAAACACCUAAAAAUCAAAUAAAUAAAUAAAAACUCAUAAAAAUUGA